AUGACUUCAGCCGAAGCCGUCAUCGAUGUGAGAGAUGCAAUGAACGCAGGAUUUGACGGAUUUGCCCUGAACACUCAUAGUAUCAACCCAUCGGAUACUUGGAAUAUCAACGCGCUGAACUACCUCUUUGCCGCUGCGUCAGGAACUGACUUCAAGUUACUCAUCUCAUUUGACAUGAGCUGGGGCUUGGAUGUCACAAAGCUUGCGGCCUUCUUAGCGCCCUACGCAAGCCAAGGCGCAUACUACAAGACCAACGGUCAAACUUUCGUUAGCACCUUCACUGGCGGUACGAUCUCCAACCCGCAAUGGAAUUCCGGAUUUAUUCAGCCAAUGACCUCGACCUAUGGGAUCAAGCCAUUCUUUGUUCCCGACUUUGAUGAUUUCUCUGGCUAUCCCGAUGGCGUUUUCGGCUCUUAUCCUAUCCUCAACGGUGUCUUCAGCUGGAAGUCUGCAUGGCCAGCUCCCGGUAAUACUCCCACCAACGUCAGCGGUCAGGUUGAUUCAGCUGCUUUGCAGCAGGCUCGUGCCGCUGGAAAGCUCUACGUGAUGCCAAUGUCGCCAUUACAAUUCAAAUACAGGGGUAGCGGCCAGGACUGGUACCGUGUCGGCGAAGUAAACCUGUCUGGGCGGAUGAGCCAAGCCCUGCAGCUUCAGCCCUAUUUCGUGGAAGUCAUUACCUGGAAUGAUUCCGGCGAGAGUCACUACGUCGGCGACUUCUGGCAAGAACAGAUUGCAGGCAGCAAUAUCGGAGACUAUGCUACCGGGUAUAAUCACAAGGGCUGGUUGCAGGUCAUUACGCCAUUUAUCAAAGCCUACAAGGCUGGCACGACGAGUAUCUCUCAAAUUGUUCCGCCUAGUACUAAACCUGUUGGUGCAUUUUGGUACCGCCCUCUUUUGACUACUGCCAGCUGCCACUCUUCGAUUGGUAAUUAUCAAUCGGCUCGUGAUGCGGUGAACUUUGCUGUUAUCUUGCCUUCUACUGGGUAUACCAUCAAUCUUUAUAGCAACAGCCAGUUGAUUGGCAGCUUUCUUGGUCAAAAGUGCUUGAACUAUAACAAUGUCUUAGGGCUGGCUAUUGGAGGUGGGCAAAUGAUUCAGGUUGUUGAUGGCUGUAAUCACAUUGUUGCAUCAGCGACUGGGACAAAGAGUGUUCUAGCGCAGAGUGCUAAUGCAACUUGCAACUGA